AUGAAGGUCACACCACUCCUCAUCCUCGUCGCCACUACGGCGCUCGCCCUGCCCCAGCCCGAUCGCUUCGAUAUUCACGUCGACUCGGGUGGUCACGAGGCCCGGGCCGUCAUCAUCCACCCCUUCUGCUAUAACAACGUCGGUCCGUGGGACGGACCCGCCAAGGGUUGCGCUGCCGAGUGUCGGCGCACGGGGUAUCUUCCCUUCGGAUACUGGUACCCGCCUGGCCGGGGGUUGCCCGCGUGCUGCUGCAUGUGGGAGGAGCGUACGGGCCCCGAUAGGCCGGUGUGA